AUGGCAUCCCAGGCUAUUUUUCCUUCUCACUUUUCCUUGUUAAUCCCUCCACACUCAGGUCUCUACAUUGGCUGGCGCUGCCCCCAUUACCUAUGGGACUGUUUCCGGAUUGGAGAUGAGUCCAAAUGCUUUUGUGGACACUUGCUGAAAGAGCACCAGAUCAUCUCAGACAUAUCUGUGCCCUGCAAUGUGGGCCAGUGUCGCUGCCUCAUGUUCUGCUUUAUCCCAUCACGCCCAGAGGAGGUGGGUGAGUUCUGGCUCAAAAGACGAACUACCUUUGACCCCAAGGCCUGGAGGGCCCAAUGUCGCUGCAAACACAGCCAUGAAGACCAUGCAGCUACUGGGUCCCAUCCCUGCAGGGUGAAAGGCUGUUGCUGCAACUGCUUUGAGUCUAAUUUCCUCUGUGCGGCCUGUGACCGGCGCUGGGAGGAACACGAGACUUUCUUUGAGACUGAGGAGACCCGGCGACGAGGAGGGAGGCCUCAUGGGACAGACAGUGUCAACACCUGGCGCAGGCCUCUUUGAACCUGGCUCAAAUCAGCAAUAAAAAGGAAGCCUCUGGAAUCUGGCCUGGUUCUGUAUGGGGCAGAUAGAUCCCAGCCCAGGGAUA